UCUCGGGGACACUGAGCUCCGGGUCCAGGCUGUGCCCUGUGCAUGUGGCUACUGCCCAAGAGAAGAGAUUAUUGGUGACGUGAAGAGGAACGUCUGUACCGCGUGACAAGCAGACAGCGAUGUGGACUGAUUGCUGGGACACUCGGCAAUUUUGAUGAUGGAAACAGCCUGUGAGGGUGGAGCAGACACACUGCCCCCUGAGCUCUGGGGCCUGGACCCCGUGUUCGCAGCCUUCGCCAAAUUGUACAUCAGGGAUAUUCUAGCGCUCAGAGAGGCUCCAGAAAUUCCAGGAGUGUUUUUCUACAGAAGUCGUCCCAUCAGCAAGGUGGACGUGCUGGGGAUUGUGGUUCAAAAGCAAGAAAAGGAGAGGUUUUACAGAUAUGGAGUGGAUGACGGGACAGGAGUGAUCACCUGUGUUUGCUGGAAACAAGGCCAGGUGUUGGCGGCAACGGAGCCAGGAGGCUGCUCACACUCACACUCGGGCGGGGGGCUGGAGGCUGGACUCCGUAGGCUCCGACACCGAGCUGAGCAGGAUUCUCACCUGGAGCUCGGUGAUGUCAUCAGUGCCCGAGGCCGUAUCAAGGUGUUCAGGGAUGAGCGAGAAAUUAACUGCAGCUUGUACAACAGAGUAGCUGAUACCCGCUGUGCUGCACAGAUCUCUCGGAUGCUGGAGCUCCCUCAGCUUUACCGGACCUUUUACGACAAACCAUUUCAGAUCCCUCCACCUUCAGGAGCAGCGUCAGGGGCCAAGCCCUCGGGGGCAGGGCUACUGCUGCAGGAGAUAAAACUGUUCCUGAAGCGAAGCCGAGUCACCAACUUCCACCAGCACGAGCUGGAGGCCAUCACUUCACUGGUUGCCCUCGCUCACAAGCACCUCCUCAGCCAGCCCUCAGCGCAGGACCCCUCAGGCACACAGCAGGGAUGCUCGGGGGCGGCGUCACGGCAGAUCCACACGAUGUUUCAGGAAGCGAUUGGCCUCCUGCAGGAGGAGGGGGUCGUGUUCCCCAAAACAGCCAGUCCCGAUACCCUGUACCUGGUGACGGAUGAGGAUCAGCAGCUGCACAGUCUGACCCUGGAGAUUAUCCGUGAGGAUUCGGGGAGACCAAAAGGCUGCCCUUUGCUGAGGGUUCUCCGGGCUGUGCAGAGCCGUCACCGUGUGGUCAGUGAGUCUGCGCUGCUCCGUGUGCUCAACACCCUGGAGUGUAACAGUGACAUCAUCAGCACCACCGACAGUCACUACAUUGCCGUCUGACCCCCACAGGGGGGAGGGGAGAGAGUGAG